AUGAUGGUAAUUAAACAAUAGAAGACGGCUGCUUUUAAUGUAAAUAUGAAUGUUAGGCUGAAUGUCUGACAUGUGCAGCAGGAAUCUGUUAUAGAUGCAAAUCUAACUUUUACCUUAGUUCUGACAAUGUUUGUCUUCCUGUUUGUGGCGAUGGAGUUAUUUCUAAAUUUGAAUCAUGUGAUGAUUACAACUUCGUUAUUGAAGAUGGAUGUUCAAGUUGCUCUUACUAAUGUGAAUAACCUUGUGCUCAAUGCUCUUUUGGAGUUUGUACAUCAUGUCAAACUGGAUAUUAUUUGAAUCAAUCAAAGUAGAAAUGCUUACCUAUUUGUGGUGAUAAAAUGAUCUAUGGAGAUGAAUAAUGUGAUAUUGGCAUCAUCUAAUUUGAUGAAACAAUUAAAAAUAAUACAGGGUGUAUUAGUUGUAAACUUCAAUGUUCGCCUUAAUGCGAAAUUUGCACUUAAGGCUUAUGUUUGAAGUGUAGAGAAUCUUAGGGAUGGUAUUUAGACUCAGAAACUUCAAUUUGUUACAGCAAAUGUGGAGAUUCAAUCAUAAGUGAUUCUGAGUAAUGUGAGGAUUCUAAUUCUCAGCUCAAUGAUGGAUGCACUCAAUGUCAAUUUAAUUGUUAAUAAGAAUGUUCAGUAUGCAUUUUUGGAAUAUGUUACCAAUGUAUUUCUGGAUAUAAAUUAAUUAACUCAAAAUGCUAAUCAGUAUGUGGCGAUGGGAUUAUAGCUGGAAAUGAGGAAUGUGAAAUAGGAUUGAUAGACUUUAAUGGAUAUGAAUGUGUAAAUUGUAGAUAUAAAUGUUCAGAAGGUUGUAAUAAUUGUGUCUAUGGUAAAUGUGUAGAAUGUAAAAAUAGUUACGGGUGGUACUUGAAUUUAAAUAAUUAAUGUGAAUCUAAAUGUGGUGAUUUAAUUAUCAGUGAUGUUGAGAGUUGUGAUGAUAACUCGGAAUCUUGCGAUAGUUGUGAUUUUGUUUGUGAUGAUAACUGCAAUUCAUGUCAAUUUGGAAUUUGUUAAAGUUGUAUAACAGGAUAUUAAUUAUUGCUAAAUUAAUGUGUUAAUGUUUGCGGAGAUAAAAUUUAAACACAGAAUGAAGAUUGUGAAAAUGAUGAUAUCCUCCCAUUUGAUGGAUGUUCUUUCUGUUAAUUUUAAUGUCAAAGUUAAUGCUUAUAGUGCAUAAAUGGGGAAUGUAUAUCAUGUGAUGAAAGUAGUGGAUGGUAUCUAUAAAAUAAAAGAUGCGAGACUAAAUGUGGUGAUGGUAUUAUAGCCGAAUUGGAAGAAUGUGAUGUCAAUUUAAACAUUGACAAUGGAGACAUCUCAUCUAAUCAAUGUUUUAAUUGUCGAUUAACUUGUGUUUAAAAUUGUGUGAAUUGUGAUAGGGGAAUCUGUAAAAAAUGCAAAAAUGGUUAUUAUUUAAAUGACUUAAACGAGUGUGAAAACAUAUGUGGUAAUUAAACUCCUGAGGAUUUUGAAGUAUGUGAUGAUGAUAACCUGGAUGGUUUUGAUGGUUGUUUCUAAUGCUAGUAUGACUGUUAACCUGAAUGUUAAGUUUGUCUUUAUGGAUAAUGUAUGAAUUGUUAAGACGGAUUUGUGUUUGAUAAUGAUUCUGCUACAUGCAAAUCUAUUUGUGGAGAUAUGAAACUCACUUAAUAUGAAGAAUGUGAUGACGGUAAUGAUGUACCUAAUGAUGGAUGUCAUAAUUGUAUGUAUUCAUGCACAGAAAAUUGCAUUACUUGCCUCAAAGGUGUUUGUUAUGAUUGUAUAUAGGGAUUUGUGCUUGAAUUUCCAAAAUGCAUCCCGGAUUGUAGAGAUACUAGUCUUACCUAAGAUUUAGAUAUAUGUUAUUAAAAAGAAUGUUAAAGAGAAUGCAUAAUUUGUAUAAAAGGAUCUUGUUAUAAUUGUUAAAAUGGAUGGUAUUGGAAUGAAGUAGAGUACACUUGUGAAAGCAAGUGUGGAGAUAAAAUAAUAGUAGGUGAGGAAUAAUGUGAUAUGCCUGUAAGUUAUGAAAGAAGCGACACCUAUUGUAAUGAUGAAUGUUAAUUUGCAUGUCCUGAUAAUUGUACUACUUGCUCAUUUGGUAUUUGCCAAAAAUGUUAAAGAGGCUAUUAUUUGAUAGAAAAUAAAUGCGAUAGUUAUUGUGGUGAUAAGGUAAUGACAGAAUAUGAAGGAUGUGAUGAUGAUAAUAUUUUACCAUUUGAUGGAUGUUUUUCAUGUCGAUAUGAUUGCGAAGAAUAAUGCACAUUGUGCAUAAAAGGAAAAUGCGAGGUUUGUCGAAGUGGAUAUGAAUUAAUUAAUGAUCGUUGUCUUUCUAUAUGUGGAGAUGGUAUAGUUACUGUUGAUGAAGACUGUGAUGAUCAAAAUUCUAUUAAAUAGGAUGGUUGUAAUUAAUGCAAAUUUGAAUGCGAUUAAAAUUGUUAAUUUUGUGAAUUUGGGAAAUGCGUAUUUUGUUCAAACGGAUUUUAAUUAAUAAGUUAGAUUUGUACCUCAGUUUGUGGAGAUGGUUUUAUUGUUGGAAAUGAGAAAUGUGAUGAUGCCAAUUUAAUUGAUGAAGAUGGGUGUUUUGAAUGUUAAUAUGCAUGCCAAUCAUAAUGUUAGACUUGUUUAUAUGGAUCGUGUGUUUUAUGUGAUGAAGAAAAAGGAUGGCAUCUGACAUCAUAAGGAGAUUGUUAAACUCUUUGUGGAGAUACCAUUGUAUCUGGAAUAGAAUAGUGUGAUGAUGGAAAUGAGUUGAAUUAUGAUGGAUGUUACGAAUGCAAUUAUAUUUGCUAAGAAGCUUGCACUAAAUGUAUCACUGGUUCAUGUUAUGAAUGUAACACACCAGGAUGGAGAUUGGACAACUAUUAUUGUUGGGAAAUUUGUGGAGAUGCAUUAAGGGUUGGAAUUGAAGAAUGCGACGAUGGUAAUGAUAUCCCUUAUGAUGGAUGUUUUUAAUGUAAAACACAAUGCGAAGAGGCUUGUACAGUUUGUUCUGAAGGAUAAUGCCAGGAAUGUACAUUUGGUUGGGCAUUAAAUGAUAAACAUAGAUGCGAAACCAUAUGUGGAGACAAGUAUGUUGUACCUAGAUAUGAAGAUUGUGAUGAUGGCAAUCUAUUACCUUAUGAUGGAUGCUAUGAUUGUAGUUAUUAAUGUGUUUAAUAUUGUACUGAUUGCAGAAAGGAUGUAUGCUAUGAAUGUAAUACACCUGGAUGGACUUAUGAUGAUAAAACUCAGGUGUGUAUUCCUAUUUGUGGAGAUGGGGAAGUCAAUGGAUAUGAAUAAUGUGAUGAUGGAAAUACAAUUUAAAACGAUGGUUGUAGUAUCUCUUGUGAAUAUUAAUGCCAUAUAGCAUGUCUUAAUUGUGAUAAAGGUAAAUGCUUAGAAUGUGAUCGCUAUUUGGGAUAUUUUGAAUCAAAUAAAUAAUGUUCAUCCAAAUGUGGAGAUGGACUUUGGGAAUAAAAUACAGAAUAGUGCGAUGAUGGAAACUUAGUUAACUAGGACGGUUGUGAUAGUGAUUGUAAGAUUGAAGUUGAUUGGUAUUGUGAAAGUUAAGCAAUGCAAAUAAGUAUUUGUAUUUUCAAAAGAUAACCCACUAUUCAAUUGAAGCUUUUAGAGUAAAAGGAAGGCCAAUCUAAAAUUGAAGUGACCUUCUCAACUUAGAUGAUGCUUUAACCUAAUUUUGUUUUGAUUGAAAAUGAAAAUGAUCCCAUUGAUACUGAUCAAGCUCUCUUCUUUGUCAGUGUUGAUGAAUUAAACUAAGGGGAUUUUGAAUAUAGCAUUGAAUCUGUUGUUAGUAUUUAAAGUUUUCCUUAAGAUAUUAAAUACAUCCUCAAUUUGAAUCUCUUAAAUAAUGUUUAAAAUGAUUAAAUCAAUGUUUUGGUAAUGGUUGAUAAAAGACUAAUUAUUACUGAAGAUUAUGUCAAUUUGGAAAAAAAUUCAGAUUAGAUUAGAAUACCUGUUCCAUACAUUGUUAGUUCCUAUUCUUAAAAGGUAGUUGAACUUUUUUCGAAUACAAAUGAAAUUUCUAUUUACACAGCUAUGGGUGUUUCUGUUUUAAGUAUAUUUUCAACAGGAUAUUCCAAUCUCUUCAUGACUCUUGAUACAAUCUAAUAUCUUUAUUAUGCCAGAUAUAUCAAUCUGGAAUUUCCUGAUAAUUUGUAACAAACAAUGGACAAUCUAAAAAAGUCUUCCUUGACCUAAAUGGUCAACAGUAGACUUGGGGAUACUGGAUUACCUAAAACAAUCACUGCAUAGCCUAAUUAAACAGUUAAAGAAAUGCCAAAUAAAUUCAAGAGAGACAAUUUAUAAUAUGAGUUUUCUUCAAAUAUAAAAGCAACAGCAGUCACCUUAUCAGUAGGUCUGAGUGUCUUUUUGACAACUUUAACAUUAUCCAAAUUACUCCAUUUGAUACCUCCUCAUAAACUAAAUGACCUUGGUUCAAUAGUUGGAGGUGGAAUCUUGAAAGUUCGAUCAAAAUGUACAAAGAUAUCUAAUGAUUUUGUUUACUCAGGAGCUAUUAGAUUAGUCACAAUUAAUUUCUUUGAAAUGCAAUUUGCAUCAUUACUAUAAUUAACACAUGUUGAUUUCACUUCUAAUAGUGAUAUUGCAAAUUCAAGUGGAGCCAUAGCUACUCUAGCCUUCACCUUUGUAUUUACCAGCAUACUCACUCACAGAAUAAGAUAAAUCUAAACUAAGUAAUCUCUCAGAAUGAAGCAUUACAUAAAAACACUUUUGCAAUAGGAUGACAAAAAUCUUUAGAAAUCAACAUGGCAAAUGUAGUAUAAUACAAUAUUGCUUGCAAAAAAGUCAUUAUUUAUGUUUGCAAUUGUUUGUUUUUAAAACUAAGGGUUAUAUUAAACAAUUGUAGUUGCAACAUAAGCAGCAGGGUUUGCUACUUAUUUGGCUGUAUCUUCACCAUUUUCAAAUAAUGAAGAUUAAAUUAAAUAAAUGAUUACAGAAUUAGGAAUGCUUGCAAAUUCUCUAAGUUUUUCAACCUAUUAUACAUACGAAUACUUUUCGAUAUCAAAAGAAAGUUUAAAUCAAUUAGGAUGGUUCAAUAUAGGCAUAUUUACUACCAUUUUGACUUCAAAUUUAGCAAUUGAUGCUACAACUUAAAUCAGGGUAAUGUACAAGAAAGCAAAGAGAGCCUUUGAUAGGUUUUUAGAAUCAUAAAUGCCAUCUAAAUCCAGAAUUUAACCAAUUUUUGUUUGA